AUGUCAAAGCAAAAGAACGGAAAAGAGAAGUUGUUACCUGGAGUUUCAAUAUCCAAUAAUUCAAAUCUUGUCAAUCUUGAAAUAGGAUGGAAUGAGCUUAUUGCGGGAGUGCCAGCAUUGGACAAGCUGCAUAAACUUUGGUGGUUUGUAGUUGCAUUCAAUAAUCUUGGGAGCGGUCAUAGCGAUGACUUGGACUUUUUGUACUCUUUGAUCAAUGCCACUAGUUUAGUGGAAAUUGAUCUUCGCUGUAACAAUUUUGGAGGAAUGCUGAUUGAAACCAUUGGCAACCUGUCAACUAAUCUUCAAAACAUGUAUUUUAAUCAAAAUCAGAUAUUAGAUAGCAUUCCAUCUGGGAUAGGAAAUCUCAUCAACUUGGAAAGUUUAUGGUUGUAUGAGAAUCAAUUUACAGGUUCUCUUUCUGUGGAAAUUGGAAAUUUGAUGACCCUUAUUUACUUGAAUAUUUCCGAGAACAUGUUAUCUGGUGAAAUUCCUUUGUGUAAUGUUGGAAACACUCUAUGUAUGGAGGGUAACUUGUUUCAAGGAACCAUUCCUUCUACUUUCACUUCUUUGAGAAGUGAUCAAAUUUUGGAUCUCUCUCGCAUCAAUUUGUUGGGAAGAAUUCCAGAAUAUCUUCAGGCUUUUAAACUCUUGCAGAUUUUGAAUUUAUCUAAUUUGGGCCAAUACCCCAACCAGUUAUUAGUCUCCUCAUUAUCAAAUUUGGGCCUACCUCACAACUCUUUGUUAAGUCCUCUUCUAGUGGAAGUUGGAUAUUUGAAGAACCUUGGUUACUUAAAUGUUGGCGAGAACAUGUUAUAUGGUGAAAUCCCUGACACUCUUGGUAGCUGUGUAUUAUUGGAAAUACUAUCUAUGGAGGGUAACUUGUUUCAAGGAACCAUUCCUUCUACUUUGGAUUUUUUGAGGGGUAUUCAAUUGUUAGAUCUUUCUCGCAACAAUUUGUCGGGAAGAAUUCCAGAACAUAUUGAGAAUUUUAAAUUCUUGCAGAUUUUGAAUUUAUCUAACAAUGAUUUUGAGGGUGCAGUACCAAUAAAAGGUAUCUUCACAAAUGCAAGUGCAAUUUCAGUUGAGGGAAAUAGCAAACUUUGUGGAGGUAUUCCUGAAUUACAAUUGUCUGCGUGCAACUCCAUACAAUCCAAAAAGUGGAGACUAACUCUCAAUUCAAAACUGGCAAUUUCUAUAUGUAGUGGGCUUCUAGGGCUUUCUUUUUUCUUGUUCAUUCUAUAUAUUUGUUGGUAUAGAAAGACAAAAAAAGAUCUUCCUUCAGUUUCACUAAGAAAAUCACUCUUGAGAGUGUCUUAUCAAACUCUCUUUAAUGCUACUGGUGGGUUCUCUGUAGAAAAUUUGAUUGGUGUUGGUAGUUUUGGAUCGGUGUAUAGAGGAAUUCUUGAAUAUGGUGCAACAAUUGUUGCCGUGAAGGUACUCAACCUCCAACGUCAUGGGGCUUCCAAAAGUUUCAUGGCCGAGUGUAAGGCCUUGAGGAACAUCAAACAUAGGAACCUUGUUAAGGUACUCACUGCAUGUUCAGGUGUUGAUUAUCAAGGUAAUGAUUUUAAGACCCUAGUUUAUGAUUUCAUGGAAAAUGGAAGUCUGGACGAGUGGUUGCAUCCAGUUAACAGAGAAGAGGAAUUGCACAAUGAACCAAAGAAAUUAAGUCUUCAUCAGAGAUUAAAUAUUUCUAUUGAUGUUGCUUGUGCGUUGGAUUAUCUUCACCAUCAAUGCUCAACACCAAUAGUCCACUGUGAUUUGAAGCCAAGCAAUGUUCUUCUGAACAAUGACAUGACUGGCCAUGUAGAGUAUGCUAUGGGAAGUAAGGAGUCAACAGAGGGAGAUGUGUAUAGCUAUGGGAUUCUCUUGUUAGAAAUGUUCACGGGAAAGAGACCCACUGAUGACAUGUUCAAAGAUAGUUUGAACCUUCAUAACUUUGUUAGGCUGGCUUUGCCUCACCAAGUGGCAGAUGUUGCAGAUCCAAUGCUCUUUCGAGGAGGAGAAGAAGAGACUAGCACUCAGAACUUGCGCAAGAGAAGCUGCUCCAGGAGUGAAAAAAUUCGAGACUGCUUAAUUUCAAUAAUGCAAAUUGGAGUCAAUUGUUCUGCAGAGUUGCCAAAAGAGAGGAUGAACAUCAGUGCUGUUGUAGCUCAGUUGCAUUCCAUCAGGAACAUUUUUCUUGGAACUAUGCCCCCCGAGAACUAA